AUGACCUUCGCAAUUGUCGGCUGUGGGAUUGUCGGACUUUACACGGCUCUCAAUCUUGUUGAGAGUGGCGUCAAAGGUUCUGAAAUCACCAUUGUAGCAGAGUAUCUACCUGGCGACCAGUCGAUCAACUACACGUCUCCCUGGGCCGGAGGUAACUUCAGCUGCAUAUCUCCAGAUGAUGCUCAGACAUUACAUUUUGAUGAAACCACAUACAAACACUUGGCUGCCAUUCGAAAAGUUCUGGGCCCCGGAUGUGGUCUAGACCGCCGUCCGAGUACUGAAUACUGGGACUAUCUUCCUGACAAGCGGAAAAUUGAUUCCUUGAGCUCGUAUUUACAGGAUUUUGCGAUUAUUCCGUCAUCCCAACUUCCUCAAGGAGUGGUUUUCGGUAUCAAAUAUCUUUCCUGGAACUUCAACUGUCCAAAGUUUCUUGAAGUGCUAAAAGAAUACCUCGCUUCCACUGGCAUUGUCUUUGUGCGGAGGAAAAUCCAGAAUGUCGACGAGAUGUUCGAGUUUGCUAGUACAGUUUUCAACUGCACGGGAAUCGGCGCCAGAGCACUUGGGGGAGCCGAGGACAAAAACAUCUAUCCUGCCAGAGGCCAGGUUGUGGUUAUCAAGGCUCCUCACAUUAACGAGAACAGAAUGAGAUGGGGACCCGAGGACGUAACCUAUAUCAUUCCUCGACCAGAUUCUCAGUCUCAAGUGGUGUUGGGUGGUUAUUUGCAGGCCAACAACUGGUGUGCUGAUACAUGGAAAACAGAGACCGAUGACAUCAUCCGCAGAACUAGUCAAUUGUUCCCAGAAAUUGGAAAGGAGCCAGAAAUCCUCCGCGUGGCGUGCGGGCUGAGACCUAGUCGCCAAGGCGGUGUUCGCGUUGAAAAAGAGCAACGUGCUAAAGGAUUGCUUAUCCAUGUCUCUGGAUUGUCGGGCUACGGCUACCAAGCGGGAUAUGGGGCCGCUCGUCGUGCGGUCAGACUGGCUAAAUCGUAUAAACUUUAACUAUAAUCCAAUGUAUUCAUUGAAGUGUCAAGCGGAUUCUGAUUGACAUCAAAAAGAUAGUUUGGCAGACUGAACAUGUUUGGAAUUAAAGAGUCCUCGUCAUAGUAAAGUCCGUCGAGCAACGAAUCUUCGCUAUUAUUGGGAGUUUGUUUUCCAGACGUCGAAGAGGAACCCCAGAUCUGAUCCAGAAACUCUCUUUGCGGCUGAUCCGCAGCUGUUUUGUCGAUCGUGGGUCUUUCCAUCGAAACGCGAGUAUACGAUGAAAGAGAUUGGAAAUUUGGCAAUUUCGAAGACGCGGACCCGUCUUUUUUUGCCUUUGAUUUGAUUUCAUCAGCCAUUUGGAAAAAUUCAUCAAGAAAGUCUCCCACAUCUAGCUUGCUACGUUCCUGAAUGUUUGGAACAGAACACCAUACCGUGUAAAAAAGACAUCUGCUAAUUUUGUCCAUCGUCUGCCACUUAUGGUGGUUGGGGAGAGAGUUAAUAGCACCAACUGCAAAGUAGUUUUUGCUCACCCAAUACAGGAGUUGGACGUCUUCUACCACUUCCGGUGAAUUCGGGUUUUGCAAAACCUCCGCGAUCAGCGCAACAUAGGCGCACAUGAAAUAGUAGGUGGCAAAGUAAACGUAAGCCUGGUUGUUCUUGUCAAUCUUGUACGCAAUUUGCAAUAUCUGUCGAAUAGCAUUCAAACCAAUGUUUUCAAACCUGGCGUGUUGGUUGUCUCUGUUUGAAGACAAAUGUGAAUGUUUGUGGUCUGAGUACCAAUUAAGGCGCAGCAUGGUCUUCGAUAUAAUGAUCUGGAGCAAGUAGUACUUGAGAUUGUAGCUGAGGACCAAAAACGGAGGAAAGAUGCCAUCCGUCACAUUCGUCACCUUUGUCGGAGCCCCCAAAUAGAGAAACGUCUCACCCGGUCUAAUUCUUUUGGGGAAGCACAUUCUCCAACAUUCUAAAUCAUGAAGUAAUGACUCGAUAGUACUUGUAAUCUGGGACCUUGUUUUCCUGACCAGAGACGUAGCCGAAAACAGUUCCUGGUAUGUUCUCGACGAGAUGACUGCAAGAUCGUACGUGAGAUAGAGCUCAAAAGAAAAAUCUUGUUUAGUACUAUCCAGCAACGAUGUCAGCUUGGCGGUAAUUUUGUCCCUCAUGAUUUCUCUCUUGUGUCUUCCGUCUGGCAGUCGUUCGUAUGGCAUUGCCCAAAAUUCUUCAAAGCCAGGUAAUGGAGGCGUCGUGAUAUCUGUGUCAUUUAGGAUAGGGGGCAAGCCACUUUUCAGACAAACCUCCUUGUCUAGAGCGUAUGCCCUCCACCAUAAGUAGAUCUUCUGAUCCCUCCUGUCUUGAUUUCCUCCAAGAUAGCUCUCUUCCCUGUGCAGACCCAAUUCGAGUGCGGAUCUGGCAAACAAUGUAUUUGACAGUGUAUAUGCAUGCCGAUCCAUACAAAUAUCAGCAAUCGGGACUAGCAAAUAAAGAGCUUGUAGUCUCAAAAGGUUAGAAUGCGACACCGAGUGAUUUAGAAGUAAUUUCAGGCAGUUCUCAGAAAGUUUUCUUUCGAGUUCCUGCAGAUGAAUCAACGGCAUUGGGCACGGGAAAUUCAUCGUUCUUACCAGCUCGCUAGCUAAACAGCAGGAAUGGAGCAUAAUGCUAGUCAUGAGUAAAAUUUCUGAUGGAUGAAAUGCGUUCAGAGGUCGGAGGCCAUUUUGAUACUUGAGAUAUUUGUCGAAAAGCCCGUGCACUUCAGCGAUCUUCAUGGGAUAAAUGUUUUGAAAGAAAGGCUCGAUCGUUUUCAGAAGAUACUCAAUUACUUCUGCAGAUGGGAAGAUCUCCGAUGCUGUGCUGGGCAUUGUAUAAUUUUGACUUGGUUUCCCUUGUUGUUCUGCUUUCAUUAGUGUAAUGAUAUGACGACGCAAAACUUUGGUUGGUGUUUUAUCCGGGAGAAGGCUAUCAAGCCAUUUGAGACCUUUGGCUGAAAAUAAUGAAAAGGUGGUCAGAGGGCCAAAGUAUAAGUCUUCAAGGUCUGCCUGGUUUGCAUGGGAGUCUGCAACUGGCUCAAUAUUCGGCUUGUUAUUCUCGGGAGAGUUGCUAUCUCGAACAAAGCGUUCAUUGUCAGUCACUGUAUCGGGAUCCAGUUUAUUCAACAACGCAUGCACCAUGGAUUCAAGUUUAUUCAGCCUUCCUUCCAGAUCCUUUGGGGCGCCGGCACGAGGCUUUACUUUAUUAUUUUCCGGAACUGCACUCUCGCUCUCUGAAUUGUCGCUCACGUUGGAGCUCUUCCUUCUUUUGGACGACCGCUUUUUGGCAACGUACAUAUAGGUACAUUGUAUGUUGUGGUUCCUGCAAUUCCUGCAAAAUGAUUCACCGUCACAUUUGAUUUUUUUACUGCGACAAAAGUCGCAAGCUUUCGAGGCCCGCUUUGGGUGCUUUUCUAGUUUUUCCAUGCCAGUAAGUGGUGGC